CUCCAGACCGUGCUCGGUCUCGUCGCUGAGCCUGAUGGCUGCUGUGGUGGAUGGAGUAUCUGCCGCGCCCAUCUCAGGAAGCUGUAACUCGGUGAACACCGUUUGUUCGGAUAGUGACCACCCGGUCAGUCUCAGCUCCUCCGCUUCCUCGGCAUCGCUCCAGGAUGGCCACAGCUCAUUUGGCAGCAACGGGACCCUGGUACCCACCACCAGCGCCCUCAGUUACCCCCCUCCGCUCGGCUGUGACAUCAGCUUGGACCUGACCCCGGUCAGCCAUACCAAGGCUCCCUUGGGAGAGGGCAACACCAGGCGUGGGAAUCUGACCAUGGAUGUUCCCCGUGGUGUCCCAUGGUCCCCUCCUCCCAUUCCCCAAACCAAGGAGCCCCUGGCAAAGCUCUCACACGUGGACAGGGUGAUGAAGGAGAUCAUCGAAACCGAACGGGCGUUUGUUCGGGAUUUGAAGAGCAUUGUGGAGGAUUAUCUGGGCUGUAUCAUCGAUUCGGAAGAGCUCCCUCUACAACCCGAUGAAGUGAACACCUUAUUCUGCAACAUCGAAGACAUCUACCAGUUUAACAGAUGCUGCCAAACUCGCUGAAUUUCUUAUGCCUUGUGUUGGAAUUAAAUUUUUAGAAUGUAU